AUGCAGUCCACGCCCCCGAACUCAGGUAGUGUGAACGGUGAGCUGCUAGACGAGAAGAACCAGCCCGAGCAGGCUCAGACGGCAGCGCAGAAGCGCCAGAAGUCGCGGCAUAGGGCUUCUGUCGCGUGUGCGAGUUGCAGAGAUCGCAGGAUUCGGUGUGUAGUGCCACCGGGCGACAGCGAGUGCAUUCAGUGCAAGAGGUCCGGAGUCGAGUGCAUAAUCAAGAACGACGAUGAGAGGCGGCGGCCGAUCUCUCGGGCCUACAUGUGCUCUCUCACAGAGCGUGUGGCGCUGCUCGAGACAAUGCUGAAGGAACACGGAGCAGAGCCACCGCCGGCUAACCACCCUCCCAAAACUCGUCACGGGCUACCCCAAGAUGGUGACCCAUCCCCACAGCGAGGAGCCAACAAGCCAUCCAGCAAUGCCCCGGACAACUCGAGUCCAGGCAGCCAGCAGGACGACUUCAUAGAUGUAGACCAACUAGACAACCAAGACAGCGGCAGCCACCGCGGCGACGAGGUCGACGCUCCAUCUCCUUCUUCAGUCCUUGCCCCUGGGCCUCCCAGGAAAGACGGUAUGGUCAACCGCCUCCUUUCCACCCGUGGCCAUCUCAGCUUCGACCAGCUGAGCGGCCGCCUGCGAUACUUCGGCCCAACUACAAACUGCCACGUCCACUCCGAACUAGGCAACUCACAUGGCUCAAACUCCGAGUCCUCAGAACAAUCCCGGCGAGCAGAGAAAAUCGUACGCUCGCUUUCGCUAGACACCUACGACUACCUCAUGGACAUCUUCUGGCACCAUUAUAACUCCGUUAUCCACGUGCUGCACCAGGAGGCCUUCAACGAGGACCGCGAGACCGGCCGAGCGCAGUUUUACUCGGGCUUCCUCCAUGUGUGCGUGCUGGCGAUGGGGUAUAGGUUUGCGGAUAAAACGAGGCCUGAUAUUCAGAGGCUGUCGUUGCCGCAGAAGGAAAGCACACUGCAUCGCGAGGCGAAGUAUAUGCUUGAUCAUGAGUUGGAGAGACCGGGGGGCAUUCCGUCGGUUGUUGCGUUGCUCUUGCUUGGAGAUUUGGAGUGUCAAGUUGGGAGAGAUAAUUUAGGCUGGCUGUAUGCUGGUUUAGCGGUGAGACUGGCGUUUGAUAUUGGCCUUCAUCUUGAUACACGUCUCUCUGGACUCUCGGUGCGAGAAGUGGAGAUCAGACAAAUGACACUCUGGGCUUGCGUUAUCUAUGACAAGUAUUGGGCACUUUUCCUAGGCCGACCAACCAGUAUGAAAAGUACAGACCUCGAGAUCUACUCGCUGUCGAAACAAUUCGAGCGCCUCGGAACAUGCCGACCGGCCGGCGUCGAGAAAAGCCUGGAAACUCAAAUCUACGAAGCUCUGCUGGAUCUGAUGGAGCUGGCGGGUAAGAUCACAGAAAACAUGGACCCCAGAUCCCAAGGACCAGACGCAGUCAUUGAUCGCAACCAAUAUCUUCGAAUGGCAGCAUUAGAUAGGGAAUUCAGCAACUGGUAUGCCCGUCUUCCAGACACACUACGGUGGACACCGGCAAACAUCAAUGCGGCACCCUUCUCCUUUUUCCUUCUCCACCAGCAAUAUCACUCUGCUCUCAUUCUUCUCCAUCGUCCAUUCGCCAUGUACGAGGAUUCUCAGCAAGCCGACGAUGAAGCGAGUGGACCUGAUAGCCACUUCUCUGCUCUAUCUCGAACUGUAUGCACCAAACACGCCAUUCGGGUAGCCCGGAUAUUCUGGCAACAUCGCCAACGAUUCGACACCAAGCAGAUUUUCGUAACAGGAAUGCAACAUGCCGGCACCGCCGCCACCGCCCUCGUUGCCGCCCUCGCCUUCAUCAAAGACCCCGUCGACCGCGCCAACAACAUGCAAUACCUCGAAUGCCUCUCGGCCGCCCUCCAAGACAUGGCCUGCACCUUCCAGCCCGCCGAGCGCAUGUCCGUCGUCCUGCAAGCCGUCAUGCUCGAGCUGCGCGGCGAAAGCACCGCCACGGGCCAAAGCCCAAUGAACCUGUACAAACCCGCGGGCGCCCUCGUGCCCGCGCGCCGCGGCUCCAGCAACGACGAUAUGGCCGACCCGCCCGUCUUCAAGCGCCGGCAGACAUCCCGCCCGCGCGCCAACACGGCGAGCUCGAGCAAGAAGCUAUUCCGCUCGCAGAGCAUCAGCACAAUGGCCGAGUUCAAGAUCAAGCCGCCGCCGCCGCCGAGCUUGAGGGGUGGCGGCGCUGAUGCGGAUGCGGGCGUGGGCGAUGGCUAUAUCAUGGUCACGCCGCGCUCCGAGAUGUCCAGCGCCUGGCCCGCGCUCCACGACAGCAACAACGGGGGGCCGCCCAUCGACCCAGCCAUCACGACGCCCUCGGCCGCAUCCCUGUCGUCGUCAGCAGCGCCUCGCGGCGGCGGCGGCGGGCAGCAGAACACGUGGAUGGGCGCGGAGCUGGACUCGGACUCGAUUGUGCAGAUUGCCGGGGCGCAUUUCCCGGAGAUGGGGCUGAUGGGGGCCUGUGAGAGCGCGGGGGAUGCGAGUAUGAGCCAUCUCGACUUUAUGGCGCUGGGCAGUGAGGAUUGGACGGAGUGGCAGGCGGGUGUGGGCGGGGUGGGCACGGAUUUGGAUGGGUUUCCGCCGCAGGCGGGGUUUGGGGGGUUUGAGCAGGGGGUCGUGGGCGGCGGUGGUGGGGGGAGGGGGUAUGGGGGGUUGAUUAAUGGGUGA